AUGGAUCAAGAACUCAAAUCCUUUAUCGCGGAAAUGCCGAAAGCGGAACUGCAUGUGCAUCUUGAAGGCUGUUUGACCCCGACCCUGGCACGCACGUUGGCCGAACGCAACAACCUCCCACUGCCACCGUCGUUGUCGUCCCUGGACCAAUCGUCAGGCUACUCAUUCCACGACCUGGCCACGUUUCUCGCUGUUUACUAUCCGAACCUGGCCGUUCUACACACGGAGGCAGAUUUUCGAGACCUGGCCCUGGCCUAUCUCACAAAGGCGCACACCCAGAACAUAAAACACGCCGAACUCUUCUUUGACCCUCAGGCACACACCUCACGGGGGGUGCCAUUCCCAACGGUCCUGCGCGGCUACCACUUGGGACUGUUAACGGCGCAGCGAACGCUCGGCAUCUCCGCCAGCCUGAUUAUGUGCUUUUUGCGAGAUCAAUCGGCCGAGUACGCGAUGGCGACCCUGAUGGAAGCCCUGCCAUUCAAGGACGCCAUCAUGGGAGUGGGUUUGGACUCGGACGAACGAAACAACCCUCCAUCCAAAUUCUCCGCAGUAUUUCAGCGCGCGAGCAAAGAAGGCUUUCUGGUCACCUGUCAUUGCGACAUCGAUCAGCCAAACAGUAUCAGCCACAUUAGACAGGCAAUCCAGGAGAUCCAAGUCGAUCGCAUCGACCAUGGGACAAAUAUCGUUGAAGAUGACUCCAUGGUCGAAAUUGUACGCCAGAAAGGCAUUGGACUGACCUGCUGCCCGGUCUCAAACUCGGUCGUCACUUCAGAUUUCAAAGGUAAAGAAAUCGCCGAUCUUCUGAGGCGAGGGGUCAAGGUCACGAUUAAUUCAGACGACCCUGCGUAUUUCCGAGCCUAUGCAAAUGAGAAUAUGGAAAAGAUCGCAGAGACUGACUUGACGAAAAAAGAACUCAUUCAGCUGCAAAGGAAUGCGUUCAAUAUUUCCUGGAUUUCAUCAUGGCGGAAGAGCCACUUCCUCUCCCUCUUGGAUGAGUAUGAGAAUAAAACUCUAACGACCAUGUCCAACGGCAUCUGA